CCUCGAGGGGGCGGGCGCACCUUCCGAGAGGCCUCAGCCGGCUUCCGGUCUGGGCCGGAAGUGGUGGUUACUAAGGCGACGUCAAGCGGCAGGCCCAGAGUUUCAUUGAAGUUCACAGGUUUACCUUCUGCGAUGCCAUCCCCCAAAGGAAGUCGAGCCCAGAAGAUGAGGCUGCCCAUUCUCACACAAAAGGGGGCCCUGGAGGUGCCAUCCCCAACGGAGAAGGACUGGUCUAAGGACGAUGAAAAGGAUUAUGUCUUCAAGGAUCCAGAUCAGGAGGUGGAUUCCUUGCCUCAGCCUUAUCGAAUGAUCAACAAGCUGGUGAACCUUCUGUUUGACAAGUCGUGGGAAAUUAUCGAGGAGAGGGACACCUCGAGGGAAGCUGAGCUCCGCCGGGUCCAGCCCACCAUGUACCCUCCAGUUAUAGAAAGCAAGCUCAACAAAAUGCCAAAUUGUAUGGCUAUUUCCCAAGACUAUGUAUUUAUUGGAGAAGCCAAAGGAUUCUCCAUCUAUAAUCUCUACGAUGCCAAACGGAUAUAUGUUUGGGAGAAACUUAAGGUUGAUGUCACUUCCAUCUGUGCCACGGAUUUGGAGAAUGAAAUACUUAUCACUACUGUGGAUGAAAUGGGUAUUGUUAGACUGUUUUAUUUUUCUAAAGAUGGUCUUUUCCUGAUCAGAGCUAUCAAUGAAGUGGAUGACUCCAGCAAGCAAACCACCUGUCUGAAGAUGGGGAUCUCUCAAGGAGGGGACUUUGCAGCCUUCCUCCUGCAAGGAGCUGGGGAAAUCUGGCUGGAUGUGUAUAAAUUGCCCAAGGAGUCUUGGCUCAAGGAGGUGGAGCACCCCCAAACGGGUACAAAUCCAAAGAAAAAAGUCGGACAGACGCACCCGAACACUCUUGAUCUCACGGUUUCAGAAAAUUUAGAAAUGGACGUAGACAUUUGUUUUAGAGGAGACGUUAAAUUGAGUCUUCCAGUUCACAUAAUGAAGAUCAAACCACCUAAACCAGUUACAGGAAGCACAUUCAAAAGCCCCUUGGAAGCUGUUGCAAAGCUAGAGGGCUGCUCUGGGCUGGGCUCGGGGCAGAAUCACUUCAUCAAGGACAGUCAGUGGGAACAGCAAAGGGCCAUCUUCAGCGCCUCCUAUGCGAAGUACCUGGACGGGGAGUGUGAGGAGCAGCCGCUCAGUACGGCCACGUUCCACUUCCUCCUUCCCAGCUGCAUGACUACAAUGCCAGCAGAAGCCCAGAGCCCCUCGGGGGCAGCCCGGGUCCUUGGCGUGCACUGGACUGGAAGCCACAGCUUCUUUCUCUAUCCACUUAACCGGGCUCUAAAGGACCCCGAGGGCGUGUGGCCCUGUGCUGCGCCCAUCACGGCCUCUCGGCUCAGCUACUCCUGCUCCCACCUGGUGCUGGCCUGCGAGGAUGGCGUGCUCACACUGUGGGACCUGGCUGACGGACUCCCGCUCGGGGUCAUCGCCCUUCCUGAGGGGUGUUUCUGCCAAAGCAUUCACUUCCUGAAACACUUCUUAGUCCACAAAGGACAGAACAUGUAUCCCGAAGGCCCAGUGACCUCCCGAAUGAAAUGUGUGGUGCUGUGCACAGACGCUUCUCUCCAUCUGGUGGAAGCCAAGCGUACCCACGGGCCCACCACCCGCGUGCUUGUUGAGAGGCCAGAAAAGCACUUGGAUGAAGCCCUCUGUGCUGUGGCCCCCAUCCCAGCCUUACCGGGCAUGGUGCUGACCUUCUCCAGGAAUGGCUCUGUGCGCCUCCUGGAUGUGGCCGUGCCUCAGACCGUCUGUGCCUUCGCCCCGCCCAGGCCCUACCGCCUGGCGGCCCCCUGGGAGCCAACGUUUGUUGUGUCUUUACACCACCCAUACUUCCUGCUCCGAGGAGACAGCCCAGAUGAAACUGCAACCACGGACCAAGCCAAGGACACCCCACAUUCUGUUUUCUAUUUUAAUUUUGAGGCCUACCCACUCCUGGAAAACAUCGCAAGAAACCACACCAUUCCUCGGACUGACUUAGUGGGUGACACGGCCUUUGCACGGGUGCUGCCCUUGGAGAAAAGAUGCGAGGAUUUCCUCCGGAUGAGAGCAUAGAUCACUUUUUCAAAUGAAAGGUAUUUGAAUGCAUUGAAUGCCAAACACAUCUCCACGUGGGAGCCUCAAAACAAACCCAAAGCUGCAGUCAUCAUCUUUCCCCCCUAAAGUGGCCUUCCUCCUGUUUCUCCUAAGCUUUUCAACAUCAUCUGGACACUUAGGACCCCAGGCAGCAGCCGGGGCUGCAGCGGGCACCCCUUCUCCAGAACGAAGGCUGCCUCCACCUGCUCACAGCACCCACUCUGCCUGCAGCAGGAGGGGUGAAUCCUGGGCUUCUCCAAUUCUCCCGUACUGAACAUGCAUAUUUGCUAUCUUAAAAAAAUGACCUCUUAAUUUUUAAAAGCCCCACACAAGCGCCUUAUCUUCUGGGAGCCCUCGGCAGGCGGGUGGACCUCUUGCUUUCUGCAUUCACCACCACUGCACUGAAAUGCGUCCGUUACAAAUGUUCUUUUACUCUUGUUGCCCUGACUAAACUGGGGAGGGGAUCUGCCGACACCUGCACCUGGGCCUGUCACUGUAGACGCUCAAGGAACGUUUGUUGAAUGGACUCGCCGGCAUUCUGAUGCAUCAGAGACAUUGAGCGCCUAGAACCCCCAGGCCUCCUGACAUGGCCCUCCUCCUGGUUAGAAUGCUCGACCUGUCACCCUCUCAUUCAUGACAGGUGUUGCGCGCCCGCUGCGCAGCGCGCCGAGGCCUGAGCAUUCAGCCAAGAGGCAGGUGCGCCGCCGGGAGAUGUGCGUGUAUCAGCACGGGGUGGUCGCGGUCUGCCCUGGGGACCUUGGGGAAGGGGCACCAAGGGGUUCCUCUCAUCUCCAGUGUGUGACCCGCAGGUUUCAGAAACUGGAGAACGAGGUGAAGGAGCAGGAGCCCUGGACCCGGCUCCAGAGGUGUGCCCUGCUUCUCCAAAGAGAGCACCCCGAGGAGUACCUGGCUGCUGCCAUGGGCUCUCGGGAAGGCUGGCGGCAGGCAGGC